UAUAUAUUGCCGGACAGACGCCUGGCGUUUCACAGCUUCUUGUGCUUCGCAGACGCGCACGGAUUCCAAAAGAUGGCCCGUACUAAGCAGACCGCUCGCAAGUCCACCGGUGGCAAAGCGCCCCGCAAGCAGCUGGCUACUAAGGCUGCCCGCAAGAGUGCCCCGGCCACCGGCGGUGUGAAGAAGCCGCAUCGCUACCGGCCCGGCACCGUGGCGCUGCGCGAGAUCCGGCGCUACCAGAAGUCGACAGAGCUGCUGAUCCGCAAGCUGCCCUUCCAGCGCCUGGUGCGCGAGAUCGCGCAGGACUUCAAGACUGACCUGCGCUUCCAGAGCUCUGCCGUCAUGGCGCUGCAGGAGGCCAGUGAGGCCUACCUGGUGGGGCUUUUCGAGGACACCAACCUGUGCGCCAUCCACGCCAAGCGCAUGUCUGGACGCGGAAAGGGCGGCAAGGGGCUGGGGAAAGGAGGCGCCAAGCGGCACCGCAAAGUGCUGCGCGAUAACAUCCAGGGCAUCACCAAGCCGGCCAUCCGCCGCCUGGCCCGCCGCGGGGGCGUGAAGCGCAUCUCGGGGCUCAUCUACGAGGAGACCCGCGGGGUGCUGAAGGUUUUCCUGGAGAACGUCAUCCGCGACGCCGUCACCUACACGGAGCACGCCAAGAGGAAGACCGUGACCGCCAUGGACGUGGUGUACGCCCUGAAGCGCCAGGGUCGCACCCUCUACGGAUUCGGUGGUUAAGCCACGCGAAAGAAACCUAGAACAGCUGUUGGACCCAAAGGCCCUUCUAAGGGCCACUCACUUCUGCACGGAAAGAGCUGGGCUUGCUCGGGAGGGAAGCGCUCGGUGGUGGCAAUUGUCUUACUUGCCUUAGGUUUAAUAGUUUUUGUAAUAGUAAGCAUAUAAUAUAGUAGUUAUACUUCU